AACGAGGAAUCGAGGAGUUAGCAAAGAGUCGAGACUGAUUCCAAUCAAGGGCAUCGCCGCGUAGUCGUAGCUCUGUUCCUUCGUUAUUCUCUCUCUCUGCAUCGGAGGGGUCGCUCCUAAUUAUCUCCAGCGGACAGAUACCGUCACCGCCUCCAAUUUGUUGCCGUCAUCUGGGAAGUCGGAAGCGGAACACCCAAACCCUUCCGCAGGGAAGAUAUCAUCCAAGAUGGAUGCCCUUCAACAGCAUCACAGGUUCAUGAGAGCACCACCACCACCACCACCUCCACCACAACAACAAACACCUCCAAUGGCCGAUCCUCAGCUGAGACCAUCACCGCCUCAAGGAACUUGGUAUUCUUCGCAGUUUCAGUACCACACAUCGCAAGUUCUUCCUCCUCCACCACAACAGACGCCAUGGGUUACUCAUUCCGACCAUCACCACAUUCCUUCUGCUUACCCUUUGCAACCCCAUCAACACGCCGGACCGGGUUAUCUUUCUGCGCAUCCCCAUAACAAUCAGUACCUUCCCCCUCCUCCUCGAAGCCACUUGCCUCCUCCUCCACCUCCUUCUCAUCUUCCUCAUUCCUAUCCUAACGCUUCUCAGGUCCCUCAGUCUUACCCUCCGUCCAACCAGACAUGGGGAAAUACGAGCUGGGCUCACCAUCAAGGUUGGGAAUAUUCAGACAGUAACAUUCCUCAUAGCAAUGAGCAAGACUGGGCUGCCAAGGCAAGAGAAUGGGCAGCUGCCAAAGCUGCCAUGGAAAAUCAGCAUUCACAGUCACAAUUUCCUCCAUCUGGAAGACUGGAAGAGCACAACAAUGUUUACCAUGAUCAGUAUCAACCGACUGUUGACCCUCAUUAUAUGGAAAUGCAACAGUCAUCACUUCCUGCAUGGAGCCAUCAACAGUUUCCUGUAUCUGGCACAAAUCUUCAUAGGUCCCCAGUAAAUCAUCUGCAGGAGUCGACAUCCUUUGGCUCUGGACAACCUUCUUAUGUUUCAGAUGGGCAUAUCUCAUAUACUACUAGAGAUGGAGCUUUGCUUUCAGAUUCAGAUCCUGUAUUUUCUCAUCAAGGGAGUGCUCCUACAGGCUCAUCCAUUUAUCAGCAGGAGGUACCUUCUAGUUAUUCUUCUGUACAAGGUAAAGAGGAGACUGCGGAACAAAUUGAGCAGGUGUAUCAGCAGUCACCUUUGCCCAAAUCAUCAGCUCAUGAGGGACAGCACCGUCUGCAGCCAAUCUUGCCGGCUAUAGGUAGAUCAUCUUCUGCAGAACACCCUAAUUUUACGUAUGAGAAUGAAAUUACUGAUGCUACAGCAGAUCCAAGUGAUCUGCCUCUGGAUUUUGCACCGAGGUUUACUCGUGAGAAUGAUCAACAUCCCCAAGCUGGUUACACGCAUCCUGAUCCAGCAGGACAUUUGGGCAGUGUGGAUCCUAUUGCUGCUGUGCCUUCUAUUCAUGCUUGGACUUUACCAGCUGCUACAGGAGUGGCAUAUCCUCCAGUUCCAUCAGGGGCACAGUUUGAACCUUCUUUUGUUGCACCUUCUGUUACUGGUCAUUCUGCACCAAUCUUUGGGAGAAUUCCUGGACCAAGCUUUCGGCCUCCCAUUUCAACUGUGGGUACUCCCUUUGGCCUUGGUGCUGGAGCUGCAGUUCAUCCUACAAGAGCCUUCCCUGGAGAUGCAAAUGGGGUUCUUAAUGUUUCUGAGCGCCCCAAAAAGGCUUCGGUACCCAAUUGGCUCAGAGAGGAAAUAAUUAAGAAGGCUGUUAUCCCUAGCUCUGUUCAAGAGCAUCCAGAAGAGGAUUCUUUUCAAUCUGUUGGUGAUGAAAGUGUUGACAGAUCUUACAAGAAAGGUGAUCAGGCAGACAACAGAAGUGUUGAUUCUUCUAGGUCAACUGAAGAUGAGGAUGAUGACGAGGAUGAUGUGGAAGCAGCAAGAACAGCUGCAAUCAAUCAGGAAAUAAAGCGCGUUUUGACUGAAGUUCUUUUGAAGGUCACUGAUGAGCUUUUCGACGAAAUUGCUACAAAAGUUCUCAGUGAAGAUGAUCUGUCAGUUGAAGUUGAUCAUGGCUAUUCCCCACAAAAUCAUAAGGUGUUAGCAUCUUCUCCAGUAGUUCCAAGCCUCAAGGCUUCCGCUAAAGGUCUAGUUCCAGUUAAGACCAAGGUAGCUGAAGCUGAUGAUGUUAGUGGAAAAUCUAUUUCCAGCUCUCCAGCUGAUGUAUUGGGUCUUGCAAGUUAUGCCUCUGAUGAUGAUGAUGAUGAUGAAAACCGAGGCUCCAUUGUGCCAUAUUCUAAACAAACAGAUUCACGUCUGCAAUUAACCAAUGGUAAGUUCGCAGAUGAUGUUCCGGACUCAGUAAAAAAUGGCAGUUCAAAAAUUGAAGGGCCCAUUGAAGGUCGAGCAAAUGUUGAGAGUGAUAAAAAUGGAACUAGACGACAUGGAGCCAUAGAGAAUGGACUGGGUGAAGGAUUGGAUCAUGAGAAUGAUGAAACCUCUGCUCUCAGGGUGGUAGGAGAAGAUAAGAUCAAUGCUGACGCUGAAAAGAUGGUGCAUUCAGAUGCUUUUGAGUCAAAGAAUGCUGUUGGAGAAGGAGAAACUAUAAAACCUGAGUUGUUGCCUGGAAACACUAAGUUUAAGAAGUCAGUGCCAGAUGAUUCUAAUGGUGGAGAAACCAGAAAAAAGUCGGACAAAAAUGGACAUGAUGGUGGUUCUGUGGGUAAAGACUUUGGUAAAGAGGGAGAAACCAAUAAAACCAGAACACAUGAGAGACAUCCUGAUUAUGCUAAUUCUAAGAGACGAGAUGAAAGGCAUGCAAGAAAGGAAAAGGCAGAUGACCGCAGUGCCUUGAAAGAGAGAGUUGAAGAUCGAGGUGCUAAGUCUGACAAAAAAACAAAGGAAUCUGAUUUGAGAAAAAGUUCUUCUCAUGUUGACAGCAAGGAUGACAGGAAAGAAACUGAGAAAACUAAAAGGCCAAGUGGUAAAGAAGAUAAUAAUAGGAAAAGAGAACGGGCAAGAGAUGAGAGGGGAGAUAGAUCAAGACUAAAAUCUGAAAGAGACUCUGGCAGGCAUAAGAAACAGCGUUCCUCCUCAGUUAGCAGUAGGGGUAGAAAUAGUAAGGACAAUUCAGCUGGUGCCCGUUGCAGUGAUUCAAGUGAUGAAGUUUCUGAAGGGUCUGGCCAAAGGAAGAUGCAUACAAAAAGACGCAGUUUGUCACCAUCACCUACGCGGUCUAGGAGGAGACAAGUUUCGCGGUCUCCACAUAGCAAGCAUUCUCAACGCAGGCAUUCCCCUUACUCUUCUCUCGAGAUCACCAGGUAUGCUGCCAAACAGUCUAGUUUUAGAUUGUAUUGCAAAAGUUUUGAGGCAUACACAUGCAUCAUAACAGUAAACACCUCAGGUGAAGAGCAUAAGAGUUCAGGAUAUAUGAUGGAAAUUUGUUUUGUUGAGACUUCAUUCUCAUUUUAUUGCAGGGGAAAGAGGUCGAGGUCCAAUUCUCCAGUCCGGAGAAGGAGAGUUUCUACUUUGAAUGAGAAUUGUCAGCAUGGUUUGCAGUUCCUGCCAGCGCAUUGUGAUUGUUUGAGAAGACUAGUUGCUUUGCGCCUCUUGAUGCUCUAUUUCAGUUUUUUUUGGAAUUUGGCAUUCGCCUCCACCAUGAAAGCUUCUUCUCUGCGCUACAACAAGGCAUUUCAGGUGGGUUUGUGGUUAGUUUGGCUAUCUGGGUUUCUCUUGAUUGCUCUCUCCCUCUUCGCUAUACAGAGGUUGCCUUCCCUGAGAGAUCAGAUUACAAAGCCCAAGCUGUAUCGGAAAGGUUUAAGAGAUGUGACAGGGCCCAGCAUAACUAUUUUCUCUGCUCCAAGCCCCUUUAUUGGAGGGGUUGGGGCGAGGCAGGUUCUAGCAGUUCGAUCCUGGCUCGCUUUGUCUCCCCAUGUCACGGUUGUUCUGUUUGGUCGAGACCCAUUUCUUGUUUCCCUUGCAGCGACCCUUGGUUCCCGGGCUUCUGUUGAACCCAAUAUUGAUUUCACGUUCCUUGGUACCCCUUUCUUCCAUUCCAUGCUAUCAAGAUCAAUGGUAUCCACUUCAAACAUUUCUGUUCUGAUUGAUCCGGAGAUUGUUCUCCUGCCUGAUUUCAUCUCCACCCUGAACUAUGCUUACAAGCUAGAUCAUGAUUGGCUCCUUGUUGCUGCAUCACCAAAUGUUUCCCAUUUCAUGUUUCAACUGGAAGAAGCUGGACGCCACUGGCUAAAAGAUGGUGAAAGGAUAAAACUCCAGAAGUUGCAGGAGUUUCUAGCCGAAAAACGGGAGUGGAGUUGUGGUGGGAGGAUGCUCAUGGCAUGGAACGCUGGAGAGCAGCCUCUUCAUGCCGGAGUACUUCCUCCUUUCUUAUAUGGGAAGGGACUUCACUAUCAGUGGGUGAUAAAUGAGGCAUUGUCAUCAGAUUUUAGAUUUGUAUUUGAUGCCAGUGAGGCCAUCUCAAGUUUCUACCCAGCUGAUCUGGAAAAUUGGCCUAACAAGUUUCCCAGAGGUUUCAAUGUUGCUGAUAUCCAAGAUAGAAGUUGGGAAAUCAGUGUAAAUUCCUAUCUUGGGAGACGAUAUGGAUCAUUGUACUUCCAUGGAGCUAAUAUUUCCAAAAAUCUGGUAAAAGUUGUAAAAUGUGAUAGACAUUAUAUUUACUUUGACACCGUAGAAAAUGCUGUAUAUUCUUUUGGCGAGCACAGCUCAUUAAGUGUACUGAAGGGAAGGAUCUCAAGAUCUAGGAGAGAGAAGAAAUGUAUAGAGUCAUUAAAGUGUGUGGAUUGUAGCAAGCCACCGCACAGAAUUACGGAUUGCUCUUUCAUGGAGCUAUUUAAAUUAUCAACACCUCUGUUUCUUCCCUUCUCGUUAGAAUCACUGCUUUCCAUAAUUGCAGAUAAGGAUAAGACAGUUGUGCUUGCAGUUGCUGGAAAUAGCUACCGGGACAUGCUCAUGAGCUGGGUUUGCCGCUUACGCCAGCUACUGAUCACAAAUUUUGUGGUCUGUGCUCUUGAUCAAGAAACCUAUCAGUUCUCCAUAUUGCAGGGGUUGCCUGUUUUCAAUGAUCCUCUGGCUCCAAUUAACAUCAGCUUCAAUGAUUGCCACUUUGGCACAAAAUGCUUUCAGAGGGUGUCUAAGGCGAAAUCUAGAUUGGUUUUGCAAAUACUUAAGUUGGGUUACAGUGUGCUGUUGAGCGAUGUUGAUGUCUAUUGGUUUAAAAAUCCAUUGCCAUUUGUUCGCUCUUUCGGUCCUGCUGUUUUAGUGGCACAGUCUGAUGAAUUCAAUGAAACAGGACCUAUAAACCUUCCUCGUCGCUUGAACUCUGGAUUCUACUUUGCUCAUUCUGACAGCAUGACCAUUGCUGCAAUGGAGAAGGUGGUGAAGCAUGCAUCAACUUCAGUCUUAUCUGAGCAACCGAGUUUCUAUGAUGUAUUAUGCGGGGAAGGCGGGUCCAAUCGUAUAGGUGAUGACAGAUGCCUUGAACCUGAAACUAAUUUGACCGUUCAUUUCCUAGACAGAAAUUUCUUUCCCAAUGGGGCUUACCAUGGUCUUUGGCGGAAGAAAAAUGUGAAGGCAUCCUGCAUGAAGAAAGGGUGUGUUACUCUACAUAACAAUUGGAUCAGUGGGAGAAUUAAGAAACUUGAACGGCAGGUACAGUCAGGUCUAUGGGAGUAUGAUAGCAGCACAAGGAUGUGCCUUCAUGGCUGGGAUAGGAGCCAGACAAAGAGUCGACGUAGGAAAAAGCCGAAAGGAUCCCUCUGAACCUUGGCAGUGCUCUCUAUUUCAUGGCUAAUAUUGAGUUUUACUUGGCAGGGAAAAGUACGAAAUAAGUCCAGGCAACCCUUGCUUGGGAAAAAUUAUGAAGAUAGAGGCAGCUAGCAAUGAAGAAGAAAAUGGUAAAUAGCUUGAAUAAUGCCCAACCUAUCAACAAUUUGAAAUACUUCAAAAACAUUGAAUCCUCCUGCACCAGUGAUGAUAAUAGGAUGAAUACACAUAGAUCAAGCAUCUUUUGAUUGCAAGUGAUGCUGUAGUCGUAGACACUGUUCAUUUCAUAAGCCUGUCCCAGUACAACCAGAGAGAAUUGAGAAGGGAGAAAGAAUUCAAUAUGAAUGAACUCUGAGCUUUCAAUAGAAUGAUUCGAGUGCAAGAAUUAAAAUGCAACAGUUGCAGUUGUAUUGCAAGGGUACCUCAGAUUUGGGUUGGCAUGGAGAGGUUUUUAAAGUCUCCUGAGUUCCUUCUUCUGCCAGUUCUGAAAGUUUAUGUAGUCUUGUACAGAAACCCUUAAUGUAAAUGCCCGGUUAAGUUGUGCAGGCUAUGGACCUUUAACCUGCUCAGCUAAUUUAUAUUUUCCAACCCAAAAAAAAAAAACUGUAUUUUCAUUUUGAAGUAGGGAAUUCCUUGCUAUUUGUACAAGUAUUGAGAGCUUAGUUUUUAUACAUUUGAAAAUAAAUGUUAAGCGAAUAGCUAUGUUCCCAAAAA